AUGCCCAUAGCCACCUUGUCGGACGCCGUGCAGUUCUUCUAUGAAGAUAGUGGUGCAGGAAAAGGCUCCUACCUUACGAUCGUAUGUGUUCAUGGCUCAGCUUUCACAGCCGGGAUCUUCGGUCAAAUGAUGGCAUUCGCCGCCGAAAACAACGUGCGUUUGGUGGCUCUGAAUAGGCGUGACUAUCCGCAAACGACGCCAUACUCGGGUGAAGAGCUUACUGCUCUCAAUAACGACGAUAAUGGUAUACGUGAAGACGCAUUACGAGCGACUGGCUUACAAUACGGCGCAUUCCUUGCUUGGUUCAUCAGCACUCAUAAUCUACCACCGAGGACGGAAACUCCUACGGGCAAUUGCGAAGGCGGCAUCGCACUCGUGGCUUGGUCAUUGGGGCAUACCUCUGCAUGCCCUCUCAUAGCCUGCCCAGACCUCCUUCCGGGAGAUCAGCGGGACCUACUUGACACACACCUACGCGUGUACUGCACUCUCGACGCACCUGGCACAUCAUUCGGCUUGUCUCCGCCUACGACCUACCAUCCGCUCACAGAGGAAGAUGUACCUCAACCUGAGCGCCUGUCCAGGUUCGAGCAGUGGGUGUCGGCAUACUAUACACACAACUCGGAGGCCUUGAAAACCCACGAUCCGACUCUUCUCGACGUUAGCCCGAUGCCUUACCCCACGCCGGAAGACAAUGCGGACCGUUCACCCACGCUAUUCGCGAUGGAUCCGCAAGCAAAGGCGUCAAUGGCAUGGCCUAUUCCUCUCGCAACUUCGGAGUUGUACCUGUUCACAAUGCCUCGCGAGGUUGUAUAUGAACAUACUCGACGCGCUAUCCUGGACGAAGUUACCGCCGAGGUCCUCCCUCGUUGCAGGUUCGUACUCAUCUGGAGCGGGAGAGGAAAUUGGGCGUCCGUUGCCGGUGCUUGGGGCGUAGAAAAGCUGCGCAACGAGUACGAUAAGCAAGGAAAGGCGGCACGACCCUUCGAGAUCGUCGAGCUGCCGUGGGCAAACCACUUCCCACACUGGGACGAUCCCGAGCGGACAGUCAAGUUCCUUGCGUCAGUCUGCUGA